GAGACGAUGAAGAGGGUGCUGGGAGAGGAGCAUUCCCACACGCUGAGCAGUAUGGCCAACCUGGCGUCGACAUUUUGGAGCCAAGGCCGAUGGAAGGAGGCAGAAGAGCUAGCGUUGCGAGUGAUGGAGACGAGGAAGAGUAGUAGUAGUAAGUCAACCACCCAUGUAACCGACCCCCCCUCGUUAACCGACUCAUCUGUAAGAUUCAGAUAA